AAACACAAAAAAACCCUAUUCGCAUUCAUAUCGCUGCGCAGCUGCGGCUGUUCCUUGUUCUUCGGCAAUUUGGAGUCUUCUUCUCCACCUCCGGCUUCAUUUUCCACCUCCGGCUUCUCUUUUUCAAGCCCGGCUUCUCCUUUUCCUGCCGCCUCCGGCUUGUCCGGCUUCUCUUUUUCCUCCGCCAAAGUUGACAUUAGAUCAACUCAUCAAAAAAUUGAAUUUUUUAGCAGCUAUAUGCACGACAGCACCAGGUUAUUUUUCUGAACAGAGUUCGGUUUUUUUUCUUUCAUAUAAUAUUCCACCUUAUUGCAAAAAAUUUCAAGUAAAGAUUAGAAGAUUAUUUUAUUUGACUUACUGUAUAGCAAAAUUCAUUUUUGAAGAGUUGCCUAUCAUUUCCUUAAGAUCCCUGUUUUUGUUGAUCUGAAGCUACUCAUGAAAAAUAUCAAUUAGUUGUUUAUUUUGUUACCCUUCAUAUUAUAACUUUGUUCAAUUUUUACUAUAUAUUAAUAAAUAGUUGUGUCAUUAUUAUAGUUUUUAAAUAUAAUAAAUAUUUAUUGCGUCAUCCGGUUCGACCCCGGUUCGACCCCGGUCGAACCAUCAAACCACUAACCCCUCCUUCUUCCGGUUCAUUGACCGAUCCGGUUUUAAAAGCCUUGGUUUUUUUAGUUCUCUUGUGGCUAAAAGGGUUACUUUUAGGAGGAGCAUCAACAAAGUUCAGAUCUCUUGUGUUCUCUUGCACCUAAAAAGAUGCCAUUUUGGAGGAGAGCAUCAACAAAUUCAAAUCUCACAUCUGUUCUCUUGUAGCUAAGAAGAUACUGUUUGGGAGGAGAAUCAAUAGAAUGUUUUUCUCUCAUAUUUUGGACAAUUAUCAUUCUAUAUAAGAAAAUUUCAAAUUGAAGUAUUUAUUGAUUAAACAUCAUCAUAAAAUUUACAAGUGAAGGUGAAACAUUUUCUUAAGAAAAAAGAAAAUGUUUGAUUUUUUCAAAAAGAAUUUUUUUUUGAAGUUAUUUGAAAGGGUGUAAAAUAAUUAUUUGUAAUUAUUAUUUUUAUUUGGCUUGAAGUCAAUGAUAGCGGUAAACGGUGGCGGGCUGGAAUUUUUUAUUUUUUUUAAGGAUGAGAAAUAACUUUUUUUAUACCCAAAUUUAAUAACUAUAAUAACCUUAAGAAAAUUAUGAUCAUAGUUUUUUUCAUCCAUAAUAAAUUUGUAGCCAAUUAAAAAAAUUCUAUUUUUCCCGUAAUAAAUUUGAAGUUACCAGAAAUAAAUCUAUAAAUGCAAGUUUCAUGAAGCUCAAGAUCUCCAAUCAAUAGUUCCCGUUAUUGUCUGCAAGCAUGGAGCUUUUCCUCGCUUCCAUCUUCAUAUUCUUAACAUUCCUCGUCAUCAAAGCUAUCACCAAAACGCUCAAUCGCCACCGACUCCAAUCCAACGCGCAAGCCCCAGGCCCAAAAAACCUCCCCAUCAUCGGCAGCAUUCACCAUCUCCUCGGCCGCCGCCUUCCCCAUCGUGCACUAUGCGACCUCUCCCUCAUCUACGGCCCCAUCAUGCGCCUAAAACUAGGCGAGAUCCACACCGUCAUCAUUUCCUCUGCCGAUGGAGCCAAAGAAAUCAUGCAGACCCACGACAUCAACUUCGCCUCACGCCCCAUCACCCCCACCGUCGAUGCCCUCUUCUACAAUGGCAAAGGCCUCAUCUUCGCUUCAUAUGGCGAGUUUUGGCGCCAGAUGCGUCGAAUCUGCACCAUGGAGCUUCUCAGCUCGAAGCGUGUCCGCUCCUUUCGUGCCAUAAUAUCGCAGGAGGUCUCCCAUCUCAUGCGAUCCAUUAAUGCAGCGGCUUCUAUCGGCGUUGCCAUCAACCUGAGCAGCGAGUUUGCCAAUCUUAGCAACAACAUCAUGGCAAUCUCAGUUGUUGGCGGUCGAUGCGAAGACCAGAAGUUGUUCCAGUCGGCUCUCAGAGAAACUGUAGAGUUGGUUUCGGGUUUCUCCAUGAUCGAUUUGUUUCCCUCGAUGCCCAACUUCAUUACUCGCAUCUUUGGUCUUCGACAGAAGCUGGAGCGAUGCUGGUUGAAUUUGGAUCGAAUUCUGGAAAAAAUAGUGAAAGCGCACAUUGAGAGGAGGGCUAAAAACUCCAUGGCAGCGGAGGAUCUCACAGACGUUCUUCUCAGAAUCCAACAGGAUGACAGCCUCCAAUUCCCGCUAUUAAACGACAACAUCAAGGCUGUCAUUAACGAUAUUCUUAUGGCUGGAAGCGAGACAACGGCAACUACCUUGGAAUGGGCAAUUUCAGAGCUUGUUCUUAACCCGAAGAUUAUGAAGAAGGCGCAGAGAGAGGUCAGAGAAGUGUUCGGAUAUGACAUGACGAAGAUCAUAGGAGACGAGGAGUGGAUGAGCAACAAGCUUAGCUACUUGCAACUGGUGAUAAAAGAGACAUUGCGACUACACACUCCGGUGCCCUUGUUGCUACCAAGGGAGAACAAAGAGAGGUGCAAGGUGAUGGGCUAUGACAUUCCAGUAGGGACGACGGUGAUUGUGAAUGCGUGGGCGAUAGCGAGGGAUCCUAAGUAUUGGGACGAACCUCAGGUCUUUCGGCCAGAGAGGUUUGAGGAGAAUCAUAUUGAUAUGAAGGGAGCUCACUUUGAGAUGAUACCCUUCGGUGCUGGGAGGAGAAUUUGCCCAGGGAUGCAUUUCGCAUUGGCAACAGUGGAGAUGGCUCUUGCUUAUUUAUUAUAUUAUUUUGAUUGGGAGUGUCCGGCUAAGAAUGGAGAAGAGCUUGACAUGAGUGAAGCUUAUGGAAUUUCAAUUAGGAGAAAGUUACCUCUUUGUUUAUUAGCCACGCCUUGCGCUGCACUUUCUGGUGGCGAGGAGUAAUGCUCAACGCACCUGGAUUUACAGCAUAUAUGGGAACACCACACGACUAAUAAACAAUUUUUAACGGGCAGAUGCAUUA